UCACUCUCGGCGUCCUGAAGUCUUGAAAUGGAAAUUUAAAAGUUGAUGGUGGGCUCCACCCUGGAGGGCGUGGUUGAAGGGGCGGGGAGGGAAUCCGGAACCCAGAGCAUCCCUCAGGGCGAUAAAAGGGCCCAGCACCGUGCCCUGCUCCCAGUGCGAGUUCUGUUGGUUGUAGGCGCAGCUCUCGACGUGCGCAGCGCAGCCCUCGACGUGCACAGCGCAGCCCUCGACGUGCACAGCCCUCGACGUGCACAGGCCUCGCUGGGCUUAGGCCUGGGCUGGAACUCUGGAUCUACUUCUGGAUCCCACAACUGAAGAUCUCAUUUCAUCAUGUAAUAGCAAAGAGAUGAACUCCUUCUUCCAGACAAUUGAGGAAAUUGAGGAGCUUCUCCAGGUCUUCACUGAAUCUUAUAAGGACAUGGAAAAAAUGUCAGCAGUGCCAGAGCCACAGCUCUAUAUGCCUCUGACCAUCUCUGGUGAGGGCAGACUUCAUGAGUUCACCCAGGGUCAAUCAAUGCCUUCCUCGAGGCCUUCAAUGGAGACUUCUGUAUGUUCUAACAUCCCUGGAAUGGUCCUCACCCAGCAGACUCCUCCUAGUGAAGCCCUUGAUACAUUCCUUGGAGAACUAAGUGGGACUUUGUCCAUGAACCCCCAAAUGACAUCCUUUGAUCAGAUAAAAUCCUCAGCAGAAUUCCAGAUGAUGAAUAUUGCCGACACCCCAGAGACAUCACUCAUUGAUUGCCAGAAAACUACCGUCACUGCAAGCAUGAUGACAAUCUCUAGUGAAGUUAGCCAAAAGAAGACAUUAAUAGGUAAUCAGACUCUCAGUGAGAUCCAGAUGACCCUCAGUGAGAAUCAGACUCUCUAUGGAAGCCAACCAACAACUCUUAAAAAGGGCCAUGUGAUGACCUUCAGGGGUUUUCAGACUCUGAUUGAGGACUAUACCAUGACUUCCAGUGGUGACCAGACCCUCUGUGGGGGUCAGAUGACAAUGGCAAGUGGUAAUCAGAUCCUCUAUAGGUGUCAGAUGACAACCCCUAGUGGUGACCAGACCUACUCUGGGGGUCCGAUGGCAAAUCUCAAUAGUAACCAGACCCUCUAUGGGGGUCAGAUGACAACCCCAGGUGGUGACCAGACCUUUUAUGGGAGUCAGAUGGCAACCCCAGGUGGUGACCAAACCCUCUACAGGGGUCAGAUGGCAACCCCUGGUGAUGACCAGACCCUCUACGGGGGUCAGAUGGCAACCCCCAGUGAUGACCAGACCCUCUACGGGGGUCAGAUGGCAACCCCCAGUGAUGACCAGACCCUCUACGGGGGUCAGAUAGCAACCCCCGGUGGUGACCAGACCCUCUACGGCGAUCAGAUGGCAAUCUCCAGUGGUGACCAGACCCUCUACGGCGAUCAGAUGGCAAUCUCCAGUGGUGACCAGACCCUUUAUGGCGAUCAGAUGGCAAUCCCUGGUGGUGACCCGACCCUCUACAGGGGUCAGAUGAUGCCCCAUCAGUCUUCAUCAAUACCAUACCCAGGAUUCCUAAACGAUUCAAGCUCCCCUUUGAUUCAGGGACAAUUCCCAGAAAAUAAAUGGAAACUCAAGACUCAGAGAUAUCAGUUUCAGAAGAAUUCUAACAUUCUGAAGCCCUAUGCCUGCACCUACCAGGACUGUGGGAAAUGUUACACAAAGUAUUCCCACCUCCAAAUCCAUGAGCGCAAACACACUGGGGAUAAGCCCUAUGUAUGCAAUGAGAUAGGAUGCACAUGGAAAUUCACCCGCUCAGAUGAGCUCCGACGCCACAAAAGGAAGCACAGCGGAGAACGCCCCUACCUGUGCACCAGAUGUUGUAAGACUUUUGCACGAUCAGAUCACCUAAAGCAACACGAAAGAGUCCACAGAUAAUUUUCACAAUUGUGUAUACCUAGAAUUCUCUGUAAAACUUUUUAUUGGUACUCAGCACUAUGCUAGCAUAUAGUGGAUUUGUAAAGUUUUUCAUUUUUUUCCCUAAAGCACACAAGGAAAAUAUGUAUUUUCAUAUAGAAACUGGAUAAUACAAAAUGGA